AUGAUUCUCGAAGUGACACGAGAUCCUUGCGCUAGUAACAUAGUCUCAAUGCGCGGCGUGCGAUUGCAUGCAUGUCUACCACAUCCUCUUACAGAUGACCUAUCCAAGCAACUACAACUUCUCGCGGCGUCAGGGUUAUAUAGUCAGGACGUCACGAAUAACACACAUUCGGCUCGCCAACACAAUCUCAUGUCUCGCUUUCUUAUCAAAACUUCAAUACAACCGAUCGGACCAAACUUUGUGAAUGUAUCAACGAAACAACAAACACAAAAAGAAGUUAAUCGUUCUGGAGUGUUUGAUUCAAAAUUUCGUAAUGGCAAACGAUCGGAAAAGCUUCUUUUGCAGGGACUUCAAUUUUUAUUUCAUUGUGAAUAUUUGGCAUUAGUGGAAUACACUGAAUGUGUUGUCCCCACCAUAUAUGUCAUGUAUAAGUCAGUGCUUGAGUUGCUCCCAAAUAUCGUUUACUAUCCUGGUGGUGCUGGUCAUUGGGGUAGCUUUGCUAUAUCAAACAUCAUGCUGUUCGCUAUGUUGGAAAUGGGGUCUUUUCUGUUUUUGAAUCAAUUCAUACAGCGCAAGUUUAAGAUCUCUCCUGUGUACCAGGUCGCAUACGUACUUGAAUCGCAAGUGUGGAAAGUCCAAUCAAUAUUAUUUCUUGCGGUUUUUCUUCUACCGUUCGAACUCGCUCAUCACGGUAUGUCACUUUAUUAG